UUCUAAUUUACAAAACUUUGAUGGUUAUCUUGUAGAUUAUGCAACAUAUCUUUCUUGAUAUUCCAAGUCUUGGUUUCUUCACAACCUAUGCUUUUUUGUUUCUCGCAUGGGCAAACAUUUACUAUCAGGUAAUUAAAUUCUGAGUAAUCUUAUUAUUCUUUUUCCUUCUUUGGUUCUGAUAUUUACUCCACAUUCUAUGACUGGAUAGGCGCGUUCGAUAUCCACCGAUGGACUAAAUUUUAGCUUCUUCACAAUUACUGGAAUUGUAUAUAUAGUCCAGAUAUCUCUUUGGUUGCUUUGGAUGUGCAAGCCUGUUGGAGUUAUGCUAAUCCUAUCUAAGAUGUUCUUAGCAGGUGUUUCAUUGUUCGUCGCCCUUGGAUUUUUACUUCACGGUGGCAGGCUUUUCCUAAUGAUUCAUCGGUUUCCAAUAGAAACUAAAGGGCGUCGCAAGAAGUUGCAAGAGAUUGGUUAUGUGACAACAAUAUGCUUUACGGGUUUCCUCAUCCGAGGUAUCAUGAUGUGCUUUGCUACUUUCUAUGAGGGAGCAAACCUUGAUGUGAUGGAUCAUCCAAUCCUUAAUCUCAUAUAUUACUUGUUGGUCGAGAUAAUACCGUUUUCUCUGGUCAUGUUUAUCUUGAGAAAGCUCCCACCAAAACGAGACAUCACACCAAAAGAUGUACACGAAAGUUAAUGAUCAGACCAUUAUUAAUCCCAAAAAUUCUCCGAAGAAUCUCAAGCUUUCUAUUUCAUUUCAAUGUUUGUUUCUAUAUAUCUAAGAUUUUGAUCUUGAUGGCCUUUCUCCAUUUACUUUUGAAUAAUAAAUCUGUUUAACACAAGUUUCAAAAUGCGUUUAAUGGGGGAUGGGGUUCGGAUUAAAGUUUUAAAUCAUGUCUUUUUAAACCAAAUAUGAUACUAAUUUAAAUAUUGCUACCCCAAAUAAUCUCUUGUUUGUGUUAAGGGUCGGGUCUAGGAUCCAAGACAAGAACAAUAAAAGCCUAUAUAAAUUUUGUUGUUUUAUAGAAUUGUUGAGUCAUGUAUUGUAGGUGAUGUAUGAUAUCUUGGAGCAGCUUGAUUGGGCGUCUCUCUCCUAGUGACUCCUCAUGCUCUAAAUGGUAAGAAACCAAAACAAUUCAGCCGAAUUCAACUAGAUUCAGCAAUUCCGCAAACAUCAUUUGCAUAAAAUUAAUUCAGCUGAAUUCAGUCAGAUUCAAUAAUAUUUUCAACAUCAGUUCACAUAGGUUUAUGUUCACUUCGGGUAAAAAACUCCAAUAAUAAUAAAUACACAACUCGACUUAAAAUAUUUUAGAUAUCAAAAAUUACACCUCAAAUUUAUAUUUUAAAAUAAAUUAGAUAAUAUGGAUACGAUUUAUGAAAAUUCAGAUACA